AUGUCACCUCCUAUUAAUGAUUAUUUCAUUGAUUAUAAUCCACGUUUCCCAAUCUUCGCCACGAGAAUAACAAAAGGCCUUGCUAUUCAUCGGGUAUCAGAUCACGCUAGAAUUGCAAUAAUACCUGUAAGAAAUAUAGCCUUGGUGGCAAAUUAUAGUUGGGAUAGGACUUCUGGUAAAUUUUUGUCCAUUUUUUUCAAGGAUGGGACAGUUAGAAUUCAUGACAUUUUUAAAGAUGGGCGAUUAGUUUCAUUUUUGAGAGUACCGAGUACAAAGAUAUCAAGAGGUAUAUGGGAUAGAAUUCCUUUAAAACGGGAAUAUGACAGUGAAACUUUUGCGUACAACGUUAUUGAUAUUCUGCCAAAACUUAUCCGAUUCGUGAAGGAUUCCAAAAGGGUGAGCAUUGUCCCUUAUACUCCACCGAAUGGCCUAUGGAGAGGUCCAGAUGAAGAUGAUCCGGAAAGCGGUGAAAUUUUAGACGUUCACGUAAUAUUCAAUGAAGGAAACGAUAAAAUCACUAUUUUUUUCAAUGGUGAUUACACGAUUCUUUUGCCAAUGGACGAUAUUGAGAACGAAAGGAUUUUAGAAUCGGUUGUUAAAGUACAAGAUGGGUUUUACCAUUGCUUUUAUAACGAUGGAAGUGUACGAACCUUAAAUUUACAACCACUAUUACGGAGCAAACCAUCGGUGGACUUACUGCAUUAUAUAAUGGUAAUAAAAGAGCUUAUAGGUUACCUGCUCGCACAUGUAGAGCUCAUCAACCGGGAACUAAUAACGCCCUAUUUAGAUUUCGUCAAGAGAAUAUGUGAUGAGGCUUACGGAUAUAAUAAGCUGAAAUCAGAGCUAGAGUGCCUGUUUUUGCUUGGAGAAGUCUCGUGCGAUUUAGAGGACUGGCUAUGCAAUUCAGUAGGUGAGAAAAACUUAAAAAAAUGGAAAUUCUUAGGCUGUGAAGCCUAUCAAAAGACCACUCAGAUUUUAACUUUGGUAUUCGUACCCACAUGUGAAAGAAUUAUCAUUUUUGUCGAAAAACUAAGGGGCACACUAGAAGCUUUCUCUGUACAAAAUAAAUCAAACAAUACUUCCGAUCUAACAGCCGUUGAAUUACUUUUAAAAAAUUCGCAGGAAUUGUUAAAUAAUACUUUAAAAUCAAUAAUUGCUUUGGGGAGAAAUGAAACACUUUUCGAAAAGUUUUUUAUAUGGUUUAAUGAUAGAAUACAUGAAGGGCUAGACGAAGAUUAUAAGUUGAAGUUUGAAUUUGAAGAUGACCCUUACUUUGGGUAUGACUUACUAACUUACUUUGACAAAAUUUUAUCCUACCGAAGUACAGAAUCUAGCUCGGUCAUCAAUAUGAAACUUUAUCGAGAGCUAAUUAAUAAUAUGUCUGAUAUGGAGAAAGAUAUUGCGAAGAAUAAUGUGAGCCAACAUAUUCAACAGCAGCUUCUGAUUAAUAUAAGAAAAGACGUUUAUUCACAAAUGUAUCCGUCUUCCCAAGUUCGUCUGCUUGAUGCUAUAAAAUUACCAAAUCAGAGUUAUAUAGUUUAUCUGAUUGAGGUGACGAAGCUAAUGAACACUAAAGAGGUCUCUUCAGGGGAAAACACACCAAAGCUAUAUGUAGGCACUCUGAAGGAUGAAAGUUUGGACAUCAUAUCCAGAGAAUCGUCAAUCAGAAUUCCAGAGGCCUUCAAGAACUAUAGUUUCAGCAAUGCAAGGUUUGCGCUAAAGAUGGUUCCGAAUUUCAUUCGGGAGGUUGAACUAUCUAGAAGCAACUAUACCGUUAGCCGCAAUUCAGAAUAUACGGAGGAAGAAAACGACAACGGGGAAGAUGAUGGCUCAAUAACUAUCCCUACAUAUUUAACGGAAAACGAGAAAAAUGAAGUUUAUAUAGCAUGUACUUCGAAGAUAUCGGUGGAUGGGAGGAGCGCAUCUCUAGUGUUUCCAAAGGGAAGGAAAUUUGGAUGA